UUUGUAAAUAAAUUUGAUUGCGAUUAUCAUCAUCAUCCUCUUUAUUAAAAAAAAAUUUAUUGUGUUUCCAUCAUUUGAUGAUACAUUCAACUUGUGAAUUUGGAUUUGAGUACAGCAGCAGCAGCAGCAGAAGGAGGAAAAAAUUAAAGAAGCAAACGUGUCUUUACUCUGUUUGGUUUAUUAUUCGAUUUGGAUUUUUUUUCUAAAAUUUUCAACUGAAUUCAUUUUUGCUCGACCAAUUUUAUUCUAUUCAUUUUCUUUUUCUCACAUUUUCAUUCAUUCAUCAAUUCUUAUUUAAAUUUUUGUUGUUGUCGAAAAAAACCUUGAAGCUAAAUUAAUUGUAAUUUACGUAAAACUCCUUAGUACAAAAACAAACAUGUCCCGUUUUCCACCACCACAGAUGAUGUAUCCGAAUGCAUUUCCACCGCAAUCACAAUCAUCAUCAUCAUCGACAAUGAUGACGAAUAGUGGCCAAUAUCCAUCUAUCAACAACAAUAAUAUUCAACAAUUUCAACCUCAACAACCACAGCAACAACAACAACAACAAUAUCCGCAAUCGAAUCCUUUUCCACAAAAACCUCUACAGCAGCAGCAGCAACAACAACAACAACAAUAUGGAAGUCUUACUCAAUCGAUGAUGAUGAUGAAUAAUCAACAACAACAACAGCGUCAGCCAUCUACGAUUCCCGCAUCAACAUUAUCUCAUUAUCCUCAAUAUCCAACGACAGCGAAUCAAAAUUUGAACCAAUCUCAUCAGCAAAUUCCACCAUCACCAUCAUCAAUGCAACAACAACAACAUCAUAAUCAUUCAGGAAUGGAUCAAAUAACACAAAAAAUGGGUUCAAUGGUUGUCAAUCAAGGUUGGAAUCAAAUGUUUAGCCGAUUAGAAGCGGUAAAUCUUUUAGCUGAAAAAGAUAUCUAUACAAAAGCUAUACAACAAAAACGUCAACAACAAUCGCAACCGCAACAACAACAACAAAAACGUGAUGAUUUAAGCUGUGAUAAAGAUGUAAUGCGUUGUACAAUGAAUAAAAUACCUGAAACAGCAUCAUUAUUACAAAAAUCACGUUUACCAUUAGGUGUUUUAUUGCAUCCAUUCAAAGAUGAUCCGAACAUUCCCGUCAUACAGGAUACGGUUAUUGUACGUUGUCGAUCAUGUCGUACUUAUAUCAAUCCUUAUGUACGACUUUUGGAUCAAAGACGUUGGCAAUGUAAUCUAUGUCAUCGUAUUAAUGAAGUACCAGAAGAAUUCAUCUAUGAUUAUCAUAGCCGUCAACAUAUUGAUAUAAUGACUAGGCCAGAGCUUAAUCAUGGAUCAAUUGAAUUUGUUGCCAGUGUUGAAUAUAUGGUACGGCCACCACAACCAGCAAUUUAUUUGUUUGUAUUCGAAUGUACAUCAUCAGCAAUACAAUUAGGUUAUAUUAGAAAUUUUGCUUCAGCUUUACUGUCAUCAUUAGAUCAGAUACCGGGUGAUUCAAGAACAUUAAUCGGUUUUAUUGCAUUUGAUUCGAAAUUACAUUUUUUCAAUCUAAAUGAUGAUCGUCCUGUUCAUAUGGUUAUGCCUGAUAUUCAUGAUGUUUUUCUACCACAUGCCGAUUGUUUAUUGGUAAAAUUUCAUUCAUGUCGAAAUAAGAUUGAAUAUUUUCUACGUGAAACAUUGCCAAAUUUUCCAUGCAAUUCAUUGAAUAAUGGAAAUGAAUCGGGUAAAAUAAUUGCCGAUCAACAAUCAGCAUUAGGUCCAGCAUUACAAGUUGCAGUGAAAUUAAUAUCACCAUAUGGUGGACGAAUAACAUUGAUACAAACUAGUCUGCCAAGUGCCGGUAAUCUAUCCGAUGGUUGUGUAUUACAGAAUCGUGAAGAUCCAAAUCAACGAACAAUUAAUUCGAAUCAAUCGAAUCAAGCAUUAACACCAUUAUUGAAUCCGGCAACAGAUUUUUUCAAAAAAUUAGCAUUAGAAUGUUCGGAACAUCAAAUUACAGUCGAUUUAUUCAAUCUUUCACCAUCAUUUUCCGAUCUGGCCACAGUAGCUGCAAUAUCCAAAUAUAGUGGAGGUUCAAUCAAAUAUUACGGUACCGGUACUGGUGGUGGAACAACAACAGCAACAACAAAUUCAUCAUCAACAAUGAAUAUUCGUUUUGAAGAAGAUAUGAAACAUUAUCUAACAAGAUCAAUCGGUUUUGAAGCUGUAAUGCGUUUACGUUCUACACGUGGUAUUACAAUACAUACAUUUCAUGGAAAUUUUUUUGUUCGUUCAACCGAUUUGAUUGCAUUGCCAAAUGUUAAUCCCGAUUCAGCAUAUGGAAUACAAUUAAGUAUUUCGGAAGAUUUACGUGAUUUUAAUCAAAUUUGUUUUCAAGCUGCAUUAUUAUAUACAAAUUCAACUGGUGAACGUCGUAUACGUGUACAUACAAUAGCAUUACCUGUUGUUUCUGAUUUAAUCGAUAUAAUGGAUUCAGCUGAUCAUAAUGCAAUAACAUCAUUACUAACAAAAAUGGCUGUCGAUCGUUCAUGUCAAUCAUCAAUACAGGAUGCACGUGAAGCAUUAAUCAAUGCAAAUAUUGAUCUGAUUAGUGCAUUCCGUUUAAUACAUACACCACCAUAUCCAGGGUUAUUUAUUUCAUAUCAUACACGUUUAUUGCCAUUAUAUUCAUUGGCAUUAUUGAAAAAUACGGCUUUUCGUUUAGGCAUAUCAACGCGUAUCGAUGAACGUGUUUAUGCAAUGGAACAAAUGAAAUCGAUGCCAUUAAAAUAUCUAAUGCUUUAUAUCUAUCCCCAUCUUUAUCCAUUACAUUAUUCAUUUGAUUUGAAACAAUCAUCACCAAUGCCAUUACAAUUAUCAUUUGCUAAUAUUGAUCGAAAUGGUGUUUAUCUAUUGGAUACAUAUGAUCAUUUAUUUAUUUAUAUCUGUAAAUCGGUACAUCCACAAUUUUUAUCGGAUGUUUUUAAUGUAACACAAUGGUCACAGAUACCGGAUGAAGGUGAUCAACAACAGCAACAACAACAACAAUUACAACCUGCCUUGACAACAAUGAUGACCAGACCACCACCACCACCAAUAUUGAAUAUUAAUUUAAAUCAUUCUAAUCAUAAUCAUAAUGCUCAAAUGAAUGGUUUUAUUCCUAAUCAACUUCCAUCAACGAAUACAACUACGACAACGAAUGAUGAUCCAUUAUUAUCAUCAUCAUCACCAACAACAUCGAUUGAUACAAAUAGUAAUGAUCAUUCACCAACAACAACAACAGCGGCAGAUGUAGCCUCAAAUAUUGAUGAUAAUCAAGCGAAAACGACAACUACACCGGUAAAACGAAAACAAAAAUGUCCAUUAAUAACAUUACCAUUGUUGGAUAAUGAAACAUCAAGAAAUAUUCAUGAAUUUAUUGAACAAUUAUUAAAUGAUCGACCAUUCAAACCAAGUUUUCAUAUAUUGAGAGAGGAUAGCCGAUUACGAUAUUCAUUUCUACAAUAUAUGUACGAUGAUCGUAAUGAAUCAGCAUUUAGUUAUUAUGAAUUUCUACAACAUUUACAACAGAAUUUGGAAAAAUAACAUUUUUGUUUUGGACAAUUUUCCAUAGGAAAAUGAAAACAACAGAAAAAGAAUUCACCCCACUUUUACCUAACAAUUUUGGAUUCCAUUUGAUUUAUA